AUGGAGAGGGGAAAAGAAGGUUCUACUUUGACCAAAAUUACUAUCAAACAUAUGGAGGUGAUCAUCUCAAGGCGCCGGGUUCAGCUCGAAGCAGAGAUUUGGUUCGGGUUAUUAUUUGUACAGGUGGUUUGUGGAUGGGAUUCCGAUCAGAGUGUGGAAAAACAAGAGCCAUCUGGGAAUCGGGUUUCCAACGGUGCCCAUGCACGUAGAAGCCAGCAUAUGGAAUCCAGAUUGGUUGGGGAGGGCAGAUUGGUCACAAGCGCCAUACACGGCGAAUUAUCUAUCGUGGAUUUGCGAUUCAUGGAUGCCCGUAUAAAGCUUCUAUGCCUAACCAAUGCCAAUCUGAAGCUUAUUAUUGGAAUCGGAAGCAGUUUUGGCAACUCAGUCCCCCUCAGAAUAAACAGCUUUGCUGCGUUAGAACUCGUUAUAUGUUUGAGGAUUAUUGUAAUGAUCAAAGCAGGCGAGGUAUAA